AUUUCCCACAAGGCAGCAGGUAGAAAUAUGAAGAUACGUCUUUGGAAAGAAGUUUCAGAGUACUAUCUACAUGCCACGGAUCUGGAUUUGUUUGGGACUGAAUGCUAGCAGAUCGGCAUUUGUAUUCAGCAGAAGGCCGGAGCAUAUGUGUUCAGUGUUUUUUGCAUUAUGUCAGUUCCCAGUGUGGGAAAUUCUCUGAUGUGGAGUAACAUAGCCCAGACUGACCUUUCCGGCCAAUGUCACAAUGAAACUGAUUCCAUAAAAGUUGCACUGUUCAGAAAGUUCUUUCUUUCUUUCCUUCACGUUUGGCUCGAAGCAGAGUUGUGCUGCAUAAACGUCAAGGGCCACAUGCUAACCUGCAGUGGUGUGGCUAUGGGAUGAUGAUUCUUCUCUUAUGAAAGCAGAAAUUGUUGCAUUGUUUUUCUUAAAACGCAGGAAUCUAGCAUAUCUAUUAAUUUCUGCAUUUGGCAUCCAUCUGUGUGUGCGUGUUUUCCAGUGGUGAUGCCCUCAUGUAUAUACUAGUCCAGACUUUGGCCUAGACUGUUGGAAACCAUGCCAUGAUAGCAGCUGCAACGUAAGUCUAGCCAUGACGGAACCCCACAGGGUCCAGCUCACCUCUCUGUCUGGUCCACUGAGCACCACUUUACUGAAAAAGCCUCGCCGGGAGGACAUCACAGGAACAGAGCACCCCCCGGAAGCUGAACCUGCAGCUGCAGCAGUUCGCAUUGCCCUCACCCUUUUUGAGCCAGAUCACAAGCGCUGUCCAGAGUUCUUUUAUCCAGAGCUGCUGAAGAAUACACGAGGGAAAGGGAAAAGCAGUUCCACAGGAGAAAAAAAAAAAGACCUUGCCGAUCCCUUCAAUGAUGAGGAAAAGGAGAGGCAUAAAGCAGAGGCACUUGCCAGGAAGCUUGAAGAGAAAUAUGGUGGAAAGAAGCGCAGGAAAGAUCGUGUCCAGGACCUGAUAGAUAUGGGAUAUGGAUACGAUGAAUCCGAUUCUUUCAUUGAUAAUUCUGAAGCAUACGAUGAGCUCGUUCCAGCAUCUCUAACAACCAAGUAUGGAGGCUUUUACAUCAACUCUGGAACUCUACAGUUCCGGCAGGCUUCGGAGUCGGAGGAUGACUUUAUCAAAGAGAAAAAGAAGAAAUCACCUAAGAAACGAAAAUUAAAAGAAGGAGGUGAGAAGAUGAAGAAAAAGAAGAAGGAUGAUUCUUAUGAGAAAGAAAAGAAAUCUAAAAAAUCUAAGUUUCCCAAAACUGGUUUCACAGCCCUGAAUGCAAGCAAGGAAAAGAAGAAGAAGAAAUACUCUGGAGCCCCAAGUUACAAGGAAAUGCUGAAGAAGUUUCAAAAGGAAAAGGAAGCUCAGAAGAAGCGGGACAACGAGCCAAAGCUUAUUGUCCCUUCUCUGGCUGAAACUCCAACACCGCGGGAAGUGGAAAGCCUGCCCGAUCCGCUCCUCUCUUUCUUUGGCCACAGCAGUGACAAUGAGCUCCUUCAAGCUGCCUCAGCCAUGGACUCCCUGACAGAUCUUGAUCUAGAACAGCUGUUCAAUGAAUCUCCAGAAGAAAGCCCUUUCCAUGACAUGGAAGAUGGGAGUGACCCUCUUGGGAUGGGUCUAGAGCAGGACAUCAAGCAGCCCCUCUCCCUCCCUGAAGGACUUCCAGGAUCACUGGAGAAGCGCAUUGAGGAACUGACACAGGCUGCCAGGGUGGCUGAAGGAGAAGGCAAACACAAGUUCUUCAACCAAGAAAUGAAUAGCAUAUUGUUGGAUAUAGAGCUGCAAACUCGGGAGUUGAACAGCCAGGUCCGCUCAGGGGUGUAUGCUCACCUGGCCUCCUUCCUGCCUUGCAACAAAGACACCCUGCUCAAACGUGCCCGCCGGCUUUACACCUAUGAACAGGGAGGGCGGAUGAAGGACCCUCUUCAAAAACUCAAGGAAGCCAUUGGCAGGGCAAUGCCAGAGCAGAUGGCCAAAUACCAGGAAGAGUGCCAAGCACACACCCAGGCCAAGUUUGCGAAGAUGUUAGAAGAGGAAAAGGACAAGGACCAGAGAGAACGGGUUUGUUCAGAUGACGAGGAAGAUGACGAUAAAGGAGGAAAGCGGAUCAUGGGACCUCGGAAGAAGUUUCAGUGGAUUGAUGAAAUCAGGGAUUUGCUCUGUCAGGCGGUGAAAAUCAAGCUGGACGGAUAUGACCGUGAAAAGAACAAGGCUCAGUCAAUGGAGGAUUAUGUGAAGACUUUCCUGGAUGCAGAAAUCAAGCCACUUUGGCCAAAGGGCUGGAUGCAGUCCAGGACCCUCUUUAAAGAAAGCAGGCGAGUGCAUGGUCACCUUACAUCAAUUCUAACAAAGAAGAAAGUCAUGGCGCCUCCAAAGGUGAAAGGAAAGGAGUCGUCCUGUAAGCCAGAUAAGAAGUCGCCCCUUGCUGUGCCCUUGAUCCACUCAAGCAGCGGAGUUACGCUUUCUCCAGAGUCACAGGGAGUUGCAGUUGGCCUCAGCCCUCAGACCAGGGAACUCUUGGCCAUGAGUUCAACCCCAACUCCCAGCAGCACAGCUGCUCCUCCCACUUUCAGCAUGGACGACUCUCUGGAUGAGGACUUGAUCCACAAUGCUGCCUCGUCUUUGGAAGCUGUCUCCAAGGAACUGGCUGUUCUUAACAGCCGGACGGGGGGAAGCCCUGACUUCACCCUCCCCGCCACCCCAAAGGUGCCUUUGGAGAAACCCCCCAUUCAGACCACAUUGGAAGAGAAGAGGAGCUUCUCCAAGCCAAGCCCCUCACCUGCCCCAUCUCCAGCCGGCAGCUCUCUGCAGUCACCGCUCAACUUUCUGGCCGAACAGGCCUUGGCACUGGGCCAGUCUCCUCCGGACAAAAAGACAGAGAACUCCAGCUACAGAGAACUCUCCUGCCAGGCUCCCCCUGCCAAGAUUCCGGAUGCCCACCAGUCUAAGCCGAAGCAUCACAGCCUGCCACGCACCGUUCAUGGGCCCCAGACCUCGACCCCAGUCCAAACGCCCCAGGUGAAGGUGUUCCCCCUGGGCUCCCAGCAGCAGAAAAACUUUUCCGCAUCCCCUCCCUUUGUCAAGCUGCAAGGUCCCAAGAUCAUCUCCCCUUUGCCCCAGCGGCCUCCUCUCCAUCAGCAGGUCAAGACCCCCACCAAAUCACCCGGUUUCCAUUCUUCCUCCUCCUCCUCUUCGACCAUCUCCCCAGGGUCUGGCAGCACCCACAAGACCCCCAAUUCCUCUUCUCUGACUCUGAGCUACACGGGGAAGCACCCCAGUACCCCUGGCUCCUUGGGGCAGUCGUUCAAGUCGCCUUUUGUGGCCUUGUCACGUCACAUGGCAGCUUCUUCCAGCAGCUCCACGUCCAGCAUAUCCACAAACCAAAUCUCCUCCUCCUCCUCCUCCACGGGGAACCUGCUCCCAGGCACAUCGCUUCCUUCUCCUGGGCAGGCUCCCAGUCGCUUGUCGCCAAGUUCCAUGGUGAAGAAGGCCCUGGUCUCCCAGAAGCUGACCUUGGUUGCUCCACGGGGUCCGAAUGUCAGUUCAAGCGGAGGGACGCAAGGAGUGGCCAAGUUGCUGACCUCUUCUUUGAAGCCCGCUGUAGUUAGCAGCACUGCAACCUCAACGCCUGUGCCGAAAGGAGCCAGCGGAGCAGUCCUACUUACCAGUUCAUCUUCCUUGAACGUCCUGUCUCCCGCUUACAAGCCUGGCAACCCGAAGCUGCCAGCACCAGCCCUGAGUUCCACCCCGCUAGGAAUUAUCUCACCAAUCCAUUCCUUCCCUCUUCAUGUGAUUUCCUUCAGCUCUGAAUCGUCCCCCAAGUCAGGGGUGUCGAAGGACGCCAUUGUCACAGGACCGGCCCCGGGGACUUUCCAUCAUGGCCUUGGCCACAGUCUUUUGGCUGGCUUGCCCUCCAGCCUGCGCCAGGCAGCGCCCCUCCCACUCUCAGUGCUGCCUGCCCAUUUAGCACACAGCCUGCCAGAUACAUCUCAGCUGCAUGGUAAAGGGUCCAAUGUACAGCCACGGAAAUUGUGACAGUUCGAAAGUUGAGGACAUGACAAGCCCUGAUAGGGACUUGCAGAAUGAAGCCACGGACGCAAGGUGCCCUUUCUCCCCACCCCCCGUUCCUUUUUGAAUGGAGUUGAUCUGGAGGUUCCUUCCCUGUUUGGACCAGUCCCUUUCCACAGGGAUCUGUGCCUCGCACUAAGAAAGGAAGCACUUAACUGGUGCCGUUCUGGCAGCUGCCCUGGCUUCACAUACUUCAGGCACCAGAGUGGGAGGGAGAGAUGCAGGUAGGGCUCUAGAAGCUGAGCACGUCAACCCAAGCCCUUCUUGUCACAUACCUCUGAAUCCAGUUUCUCACUCCUUGAUUUUCCAGUGGACUAUGUGAAGGUGCUUGAACAUUCCUGCUUUGGGUUUACUUGGCUGGCUUAAGCUAAUCAAAGAGUGAUAGUCACAAGUGGUUCCUCCCCCCCCCCCUUAUGGUACCUGUAAUAAAGCUAUGCUGACGUCAACCAAGAAGACCCACCUUCCUCUGUGGCAUCUCUUGUAAAGUCAAUCAGCUCAUUGGUCUUCUCAGAAGAACAGAGACUUGUGAGGCCUUGAGAUGCAUUCAUGAACAUUGGCAUUCUGAUCUUUUUGUGUUGCUUCUCUGCCUUUUAUUUUCUGGUAUGGUCAAUCCUGCCCUCUUCCCUGCCCUGUCAUUACCACUGAAUGCAUAGGAUUGGACAAGUCCCCUUUCUUUCCCAGCAUGUCAUUGUGUAUAGCAAAGCCGUAAUUCCAGUGCCUUUUAUGGUGGAGCAAGAGUGCAAAACAUUUCAAGCUCUUUUUGUGUGGGCUCUCUCUUUUGUUGUUGUUUUCCCCCCUCAAAAAUUCUUAGCUGUAUUUAAGACGUGUUGGGCUUUAUUUGAUAAGAGCUUUUUCCCCCUGGAGUUAUACACUACUUUCUGGACUUGACCUUGUGGAGUUGCUUAGUGCCAAGCAGAGUACAAAAUAGAUAUUGAUCACUAGGUGUGGAGUAUGUGGACCUGAGUUUCCCCAAAAGCAGGGAUGGGGAACCUGUGGUCUACCUGAAGAUGAUGGACUGCAAACCCCAUUGUUCAUGACCGUUGGCUAUCCUGGUUGGGGAUGGUGGGAGUGAGAGGGCCACAGAUACUCCAUCCCUGCCCUAAAGCUGUUUCCCCGGACUCAGAUUUCAGCAGGUGUUCUGUAAGCAAGGUGAGA